UAACCAAGACACAACAAAUACCGGUUUGGUUUCAAAAUUACGAUUUAAUCUCAACCACAUUUUGCAUUGAUAGAAAAGAAGUAAUGGCCUCAAUGAAAGACUCCGACCCAGACACCCAGGUGACCUAUGAUGACCAACAGAAAAUAAACAAGUUUGCCCGGAACAAUGCUAAACUUCAGGACCUCAAGGAUGAGCUGGACAAUAAAAAGAAAGAGCUGCAAAACUUGGAGGAUGCUGGUGAUGAAAUGUUGAUGGUAGAUGAUGCAAUAGUCCCAUACCAGAUAGGAGAAGUGUUUGUCAGUCUGGAGGUGGAGAGUGCCAAUGAGAUGUUGGAAAAGGCAAAGGAGAACACACAGGGAGAGAUCAAGGUCCUAGAACAAAAGUGUGAAUCUAUACAGACUCUGCUGCAAGAUCUUAAAGUCAAACUGUAUGCAAAGUUUGGAAACAAUAUUAAAUUAGAAGCUGAUGAGGAAUAAAUAGCAUUGAUAUCUUGUAUUUCAUUAGAUGAUUUAUUAUUAUCCCAAACUUUGCUGGAGAAGUACGUACAGUGGAAGGUCAUCACUUAUAAUUGUGUUAUGAACAGUUGUUUAAAUACAAUAAGUGAGCCAGCUGCUCAGUGGUGGAAAUUUUUGUACACCUAAACACGUAUAAUUAGCUAAUUCGUGCAUACUGAUGUAUAUGGUAUACCAAUAAAUUUUGAAGCUCUUUGAAAAAA